UUUUUUUUUAUUUUUUUUUUUAUUUUCUCUCUUUUAAAUUUUAUUAUUUAUUUUAUUUUUCAUCAACUCUCUUUCUUUUUCCUUUUCUUUUCCUUGUUUUUUUUUGCAAUGUCUCAGCAAUAUGUAGAAAAGCAACAGCUUGAAUUACCACCACGAAAUCUACACAGAAGAUCGAUACCCAUAUGCCCCAAAUGUAAUCAAAGCUGUUUAAGAGAGGAAGGUGAUUUUGUUAGAGCAUUUAACAAUGUAUAUCACUAUAAAUGCUUUAUUUGUGAGGAUUGUCAACAACCAGUAGCCGAUAAAUAUUACCCAAUCAUUGAAGAGCAAUCAUCCAAAGCACGUAAUAGAAAACGACUCGUCUUAUGUGAAUUUGAUCAUAUGAAACGAUUAGGUUUAAUUUGUUUAAAAUGUAAUAAACCAAUUACUACUCCAGAACAAAAAUUUCACCCUCAAUGUAUUCAAUGUCCUUCGUGCGUUACACCAACAAUUUCACAAUACGAGUUUAAGGGAACAAGUUACUGUCGAAUCCAUUAUUCAUUAUUACCGGACACACAUUGCAAUGGCUGCGAUCAGGCCAUUUUAAAGCAGUUUGUCGAACAUCGAGAUAUUCCGGAUAAAAUAUGGCACCCAGAAUGUUACAUGAUUUUCAAGUUCUGGGGUAUAAAGCUAGCACCCGUUCCACCCACACAAGAUACCUCCAAACUAGUAGAGAUUCAAAUUCAAGUGGAAGAAAAAGUAACACGCGUAUGGACCGAUCUAUCCUCUUUUGAAGAAUCAUCUGCUAAUUGUAUAUCUGACAUGUUAUUAAAUGUGGCAGCAGGUGCUUACAUGGAAGGUAUAAGAAUGGCUAAUCAGUUUAUUAUGCAUUUGGAUGUGUUAUUCUCUGCUUUAGAUACCGUUGGUCCUCAUUUGCAUUGUGACACGGAAGCAAAUCUUGUAUGUAAACAAAUGAUUCGAUUCUUUCAAUUAUUAACAGUACCAUCGAAAUCUGAUAUUGGAAUUACACAAGAACUGCUCUCACUCGUCACUGGAUUAGCUCAAAAUUUGAAAUCUUUAAUUAGAAUUGGACUUUCCGCUGCAUUACAUUUGGAACGAGACCUUGGAAUUCAAAAUGCGAUACCAGAAUUUUUAAAUCAACUCUUGGAAUUGGAAAAGAAACGAGUUUGGAUAGCAGGCAGAUAUUGGUUUAAAGAUCCACCCACCACAGCAAAAAUGGACACAACCGCCGGCCAAUGUAAUUCAUGUCAUCUUACGAUUGAAGAAACCGAUUGCUAUGGAAACGAUGCCCAGCAAUUAAAAUGGCACCCCUUAUGCUUUCAUUGUUCUCGAUGCUCAGUUCCAUUAAAUGAAAAAUCCGCCCUGUUAGUAGAUACCACACUAUAUUGCCAGACCUGUUGCACACAACAGCAACAAAAUGAGGAUACACAAACUUGUACACAUGUUACGCUCUUACAGCAAUACCUAUUCAACCUCAAAUUGUAUCUAUCGAAAUUAUCAUUCAGUUCUUCCGCUUCUUCAUCUUCUUCCUCAUUUAUAGGCGCAAAAAAAUCACCCAACGAAAUACUCGUGCCAGAGACAAAAAGACAACGUUCGAUUUUAAGAAUGUUGGGUGGACAUCGAUCUCAACCCUCACGAAAGCCGUCAAUCAACAGACUAGAUUCAGUCCAGCUCGGCCAAGUUCAAUGUACUACGCUGCAAGACGCAUCUCCACAUUAUAGCAAAAAAAAGAACACAAACCUCAUGAUAUCAACAGAAAAUACGUGUCAUUCACCACAGUCAUCACCCACCACUUUAUCACCCACCACUUUAUCACCCACCGCUUUAUCACCUGUUUCAGCCAUGCCAAAGACAACAAAUAGAUUAACCACUAGCAUUCGACGUACGUUCAGCACAGUCAGUCAAACAUCGGGUAACAAUAAGCAGCGUCUAUCAUUACAAGGGGUAUUUGAUAAAAGAAGAGAAGCCAGACGAGCCUCAAUAUUGACCUUGGAUAAUAUGGGACAUCCGACAACAAAGACCAUGUAUCUAUCAACAUUAACGCAGACCCAAGAUUUCAUUGUUCGUCAUGUUGCUGUCAUUACCCUACAUCCUUUAUUAAACCCUAACUUUACACUGGACGAAUUGAUUGAUCUGAUUGAAAUUAAAAAGCCUAAAAAACAAAUUAAAAAACAAACCAUCCUAGUGGAAUCCCAGCACCACCAACAUCAUCAUCAUCAUCAUCAUAAUCCUGCUUCAGCCCUCUGGGGAAAGUUAAUCACACAUAUCAAAACAACCAACAUGCAUGCUACGAAUUCCACUACCACUUUAAAUACCACUCAUACCAGCGAAUUCAAAACGUUUGGCGUGCCAUUAUCGACACUUUUGAAAAAGGACAGGCAACAAGAAAAUGGAACGAAAGUAGGUGUAACCUUACGUGACUUAACUCCAGUCAUCGCUGCAAGUUUUUCAGAUCAUGCAUUGAUACCUGCUUUUGUAAAAAGUUGUAUUAUGGCUAUAUUACAAUCAGACAUGUCGAUUGAAGGCGUAUUUCGAAAGAAUGGAAAUAUACGGCAAUUAAGAACCCUAGCCAAUGAAAUUGAUAAUGAUAAUGUGGAAAACCUGGAAAGACUAUUGCUAAAAGAGAACUCGGUCCAAUUAGCAUCGCUGUUGAAACGCUAUUUACGAGAAUUACCCGAGCCGCUCAUGACCUACCCAUUGUACAAAGUAUUUGUUCAAUGUGGAAAAAUCGAGCCUUUACAAGAACGAAAAAGAACAUUGCAUCUUGCAUGCUGUUUAUUACCAAAGCCGAAUCGUGAUACUAUGCUAUUGAUCUUUUCUACCCUUAAAUGGGUUGCGACUUUUAGUGACACUAACAAGAUGGAUAUUCCAAAUUUAGCACGCGUUAUUGCGCCCAAUGUAUUGUAUGAUAAAACUUCCCUAGCUGCACCUACCACUGCAGAUGUAAAGAAAGAGGCACAAGAUGAAAUUAAUGUCAUUGAGAUUUUAAUAAGAGAGGCAGAUCAAAUUUCGAUUAUACCUUCUGAUCUUAUACUACUAUCACUACAAGAUAAUGUAGAUCAAGACAUGUCAGACCUGAAUUCAAGGUACUUUAUAAAGCACUAUAUUCAAUUGUUGGCCGAUUUAAGAAAUCGGAAAUCCAAAAGCGAAAAUAAUAGCCCUGUGUCCCCGUCAACCAAAACAUUGACACAAAAUACGCUAUUGUCAAAGUAUCAUUUCGGACUUCCCAAAUCAUUGAAUAUUACUACUCAAAGUACACCCAUACCUACACCUUCAAAGCAAAGGAGAACGUCUUGGAUACCUAGCCUGACAAAAAAAUAAUUGCUUUCUCUUUUUUAUUGCUGCUAUUACUACUAUUACUAUACAUAUAUAUUCUAUUAUUCUUAUUAUUUUUAUUAUCGCGCCUUUUUUUUUCAAUAUGUUACUACU